CCGUCUUGGUCUUGUCUUGGAGGACUCCUCCUCACCACCUCUCUCGCUCGCGGAAACUCAGAUUCACCGUCCUAGUCGCUCUUCCCUCGCCGUCCAUCCAUCGCUCAUCUCAGACACCGAUGGCUGGGAGAGCCGCACAAAACGUGGCAAAGACCGUGACGGGUUUUCAGUACCCAUGGAGAGACAAAUUGGAGAAGUACAGAAGCGAGCUGACAAAGGGCGUGUGGGGUUACUGGGAGAUGGGGGCGUGGAAGCCUCUGGGAAUAAGCGCGCGGAGGAGGGCGAGGCUGAGGAAGGAAGUAUUGCUGGCAGGGGAAGAUUGGACGUUUGAUCCCGAGAGGAAGGAGAUGAGGACUAAAAGGAAAGGGCACAAGUGCGACAGAAUAGCGGCCGAGAAACGAGAGAACACAGUGAAGCUGAUGGAGAAGAUGCCCAAGAUGUUGUUGGAUUACAAGAAGAGAAAAUGGGAGAAGAAGAUGAAAGAAGAAGAUAAAGCCAAGGAAGAGAAGUGAGCGGAAGACAAAACAACGUCCAAGGAUUUUUUUCUUCUUCUGUUCAGUUUAGAGAAAGAUCGACUCGGAAAACGGCGGUCUGAUGAAUAAUAGACCUAUCUGAUUCAGUUGCUUGUUCUGAAUGACUGUAUGAAACCAGGAGCUCUUUUGUUUUGUAAGAUUGUCUUACGGACUCUUCUAUGUCGCAGCCUUGUUUGAAAGAAAACGCAGCUUUUAUGAUUGGGGUUA